AUGUCCAAGUACACCAAAUUUCUGAAGGAUCUACUAUCCAACAAGAAGAAAUUGGAGGAGUUGGCCACAGUAACUCUGAAUGAAGAAUGCUCAGCAAUUCUGCAAAACAAGAUGCUCAAAAAAUUGAAGGAUCCAGGAAGUUUUACUCUUUCUUGUCUCAUUGGUAGAUUGAUAGUUGAUAGGGCUUUAGCUGAUUUAGGUGUUAGCAUUAAUUUGAUGUCAUAUUCUGUUUUUAAGAAAUUGGGUUUAGGGGAACCUAGGUCAACUAGGAUGAGUAUUCAACUAGCUGAUAGGUCAAUUAAAUAUCCUAGGGGUAUCAUUGAGGAUGUGCUUGUAAAAGUGAACAAAUUUAUUUUUCCUGUUGAUUUUGUGAUUCUUGAUAUGGACGAGGACACUGAUGUCCCCUUGAUCUUAGGUCGUCCAUUUUUAGCUACUGCAAGGGCUAUAAUUGAUGUGAGGGAUGGAAAGUUAAUUUUGAGGGUUGGAGAUGAAAGAGUCACUUUCAAAAUUCCUGAUGAAUUCUUGAUUUCAAACUCAUUGAAAAGAAGCUUAGUUCAUAAUAGAGGAAAAGAUGAUAUGAGCUUGGUAACUCAAGAACAGUGGUGUCAUUUAGAAGCCACUAAGCCAUUAUGGAGAAAGAGAGACUUCUAA